AUGGUCAAAGGAAAUGCUUUAAAAUGGAAUAAUGAAGGUUGCGAAGGAGGACUGAUGGAUAAUGCAUUUGAAUAUGUAAAAGUAAAUAAAGGCAUCGACACCGAAGAUUCUUAUCCGUACGAAGCUAUGAACGACAAAUGCAGAUUUAAGCGUUCGUCUAUCGGCGCUACUUGUACCGGUUACGUGGAUGUUAAAAGUGGUGACGAAGAAGCCUUGAAACAAGCUGUAGCAACCAUUGGUCCAAUUUCAGUAUCUAUAGAUGCUAGUGCGGACUCUUUCGCUACUUACGUGUAUAUAAUUUAUACAUAUAAAUUUUAUAUACAAAUUGGAUUAUUAGAAUACAUUCUAUCACUAAGUUAA